CACAGACCAACGAACCAUCAUCAAUCACACUUCAAAUACCAAGCAAUCUCACCUUCCACACUCCACACCAACAAUCCACCAUCGAUCGCACCUCACAACCAAGCAAUCAAGCAACCAGCAAGACCACCAUCAAACUCGCACGUACCAUGGCAUCGCACCAGCAGCAAUCGCAAUCCGUGGGGUUCGAGGACUACCUUCCGGUGAUGGUGGAACGGCUGGGCGAGGAGGGCCUGAUGCAAGAGCUGUCCUCCGGGUUCCGGCUGCUGCAGGACCCCGCCCUGGGCCUUAUCACCUUCGCCAGCCUCCGCCGCAACGCACCACUGCUGGGCCUCGGCGGCAUGUCCGACGACGACCUCCGUGGGAUGCUCGCCGAGGGCGACUUGGACGGCGACGGCGCCCUGAGCGAGAUGGAGUUCUGUGUUCUGAUGGUCAGGCUCAGCCCCGAGCUCAUGGACGAGCCCCGGCGUUGGCUCGACGACGCCGUGGCCCAAGCUUCCCAGUUCCUCUUCACCAGCUAGGCUAGUAGAGAGAUGUUUUUUUCUUCUUGUGUUCGUUGUUCAUAGUCAGGAUUAUUGCAAGAAGACAAGCGCUGUCGAUUGGUUGAUGGAUUUCCACAUGAAUAAAUCGGCACACCACCACACGUACACAUUGCUCCUGUUUCUUCUCUGACUGAGAUACUAUAAAGCUCUGUCUGUUGUCGAUCUGAGAUGUACUGUCGUGCAUCAUUUGCGGCAACGGAUAGAUCAGUUGAUUAGCAGAAUCAACCCUCAGUGUCACACUAGUAGAAGAAAAAAAUCGUAAUUUGUAUCA